GAAGGGCUCGGGACCGUCGGGUUGGUUGGAGCUCGAGCCGAGCUGACGGCCGCGACGUGCUCGCCUCUUCUUCUCCUCUCUCUCGGCAUUACCACCACCGCAUUACCGGCAAAAUUUAGUUAAGCCGCGGCAGAGGAGGGGGAGGGAUAGCGCAGAGGAAGCGGAGGAACGGGAGAGGGCGAGCUCCUGGCCGUCUCUCUCCGCUCUCGCCAUUCCUCGGUCGUCUUCCUCCCGGAUCCAUCUCCUAAAAGAGGAGGUCGGCGAAGAUGAUGGGCGGAUUCCUCUCCAGGGUUCUCCUGUUGGCCUUUGGCUAUGCCUAUCCUGCAUACGAGUGCUACAAGACUGUCGAACUGAACAAACCAGAGAUUGAGCAGCUCAUAUUUUGGUGUCAGUAUUGGAUUCUAGUAGCUCUGAUGACGGUUUUGGAGAGAUUUGGAGAUUUUACAAUAUCAUGGUUACCGUUUUACUCAGAAGCAAAGCUGAUGUUCUUUAUAUACUUGUGGUACCCUAAGACAAAGGGAACUACCUACAUUUAUGGGACUUUCUUUAGGCCCUAUAUUUCACAGCAUGAGAAUGAAAUCGACCGUAAUUUGCUUGAGAUAAGAGCUCGGGCCACUGAUGUUGUUGUCCUUUAUUUUCAAAAGGCUGCUACUGCAGGACAGAAUACUUUCUUUGACGUUUUGAAGUAUGUUGCUUCGCAGUCACCAUCUCAGAAGUCAAGGCAACAACCUUCUCAGGAGCCACAGCAGCCAAAACAGCAGCAGGCACCACUACAACAGCAGCAGCAACCGCAAAAGCAAGCACCAACUGUUAUGCGCAGAUCAGCAUCUAUUGCUGCUCGGCAAGCUGCAAUGGCACAGCAGUCUCAGGAGGCCAAGACGGUUCCAUCUUCCCCCAAGAUCAAGCGUCAAGCAUCAGCAAAAGCUGCACCUGUGGCAUCGACAAAGUCAACAGCAGCUGCAGCUCCGUCAGCAACAAAACCUGAUGCCGAUUCACCAAAGAAAAACGAGGCGACACCAGCUUCCUUGCAAGUACGAGCUCCAGCUACCAAUGCCGAUGCACCAACAUCUGAGCCUAGUGCUCCACUCCCUGAUGCAGAAGAAGCAGACAAGAUGGCCAUUGACGAGGCUGAUGAUGCUGUAGAGGGCACAGAAGAGGAGCUUGAUCCUGUGCCAGGGGAGACAGUAGAAGAGAGACCAAUGGAGGAGACGAUUCGGGUGACACGCGCCAAGCUAAGGAGGCGUGCUGCUGCUGAGGAUCCUGCAGGAAAUUAACAGCAACCCAUUCUUUCGUUGCAUGUUGUGUUCAUCUUUUUUGAUUUUUAGAUUGUCAUGCUGCUUGGUGCAUGUGGGAGAUGUGUUGGUCUAAUUGAUCCUUCUGUUGUUCAAGAGUUGCCAUUUUUUUUUCCCUGUGCUGUUUUCCUGUUUCUUCUGCUAGCCUGUUCGUGUGCUUGGAAGUUGUAAAUAACACCGCAUGUAUGUAUAUAUCGAUUGGUGGCAUGGCAAGGAAUGCAUGUUAUCUUGAAACAUAAGACAUUUCAAUCAGGCCAUUCCGUCAG